UCGUUUGGGACGGAGGGAGUACUAAGUCUUAAGUUUGAGUCGAUUCUCACAUAAUCUUUAAACUUAUUUGUUUAUUUAUUAAACAAAAAAAAUUGGAAUAGAGGAUAGUGCUAGAAAAAAAGUCGGUGUUAGACUUGGAGCGUCUGAAGAAAAUGAAGGGAGAAGAGAAGCAACGAAAGUUUCAUGAAGCCCUUCUCAAGAUGCUCUAUCCGCCCCCUUCUGAUUCUGACAAAGAGGUCGAGGAAAAAGAAGACGAACAAGAAGAAGCCAAUUUAAUCCAGUUGUUGAAUGACCCUCCAGAGGAGGAGAUAGAGAAUGAGGAGCCAUCGCCAUCAAGCAGCGACGAUAACGAUGGUGGUGAUGGAAAAUUGACGAGGGCUCAAAGGAAGAGGCUCCGGAAGAAGAAGCUCAAAGAAGCUGAUUCCCGCCGCAGAAAGAUUAUUGGGCCUCUGUUACCUGCUUCAAACCAUCCAAGUCAUGGCGGCGUUGAUGAUGCGAGUGACGUGGCUGAAGGUGUUUCAGGUGAUCUUAGCCAAGUUAGUGAUGCGCUUGAAGGUGUUCGACGAAAUGCCGCAGCCAAUGUUUCAGAGGAAGCUUCUUGCUGGAAUAAGAAGAAGCUAAAGAUAAAGCAGAGAAGGAAAUCGAAGAAGAUGGGUAUUGCAAAGUCGACUCCAUCAAGCACUUGCAAUCGAAAUCAAGGUCUGAAAAUCAUACUAGAUGAUAGGGUUGAAGCUGAUCCCUGAAACUGCCAAUCAAGUUGGUGCUUCCGCCAACAAUCUGACAUUUUAAUGGAAUUUCGAAUUUCUAUUUUCUUUGACUAAGACUAGGUUUAUUUUGGGUGAUUGCAUGUCAAAUGAUAGAAAAAAUUGGGAUAUCCUUUUUAGCUUUGGAUUACUUUCAAAA